ACACACCCGUCGCCCCCUCUCCCAGAUCCAGAUCGACGACGGCGUCCCUUCGUCGCCGCCCCCUCCUUCCCCAUCCAAAUCUCCUGCUCCCCACCCCGCAGGCGCUCUCACCCACCCAUCGGCGGCCUCGCUCCCAAAAUCUGCUCUCUUCACCGCCGCCGACGCCCCACCACCAUCCCCCUCCCCUCACCUACCCCCACCUUCUCUCCCUCACCCGCUCUCAUCCACCGCGGCCAUGGUUUUGGCUUCUCUCCGGGCGGAUUCCUCUGCGCCGACGAGGAGCCGAUAUCCGCCCUCCCCCGACGACCAUGCCGGUGGCGCAGGACCCCGCGGGCGCGACACUGCCUCCUCCCGCAGGAACCGCCGCCGCCACAUGAAGUCCUCCUCCGCCAAGGCCAACGCCAACGUCGCGGCGGCCCCCGCGGUGCCCGCCCCGGUCCCAGCGCCGCCCACGCCGAUGCAACGCCUCUUCGACACCAGCCGCGAAGUCUUCGCCGCCUCCGCCCCCGGCAUCGUCCCGCCGCCCGAUGUCGUCGUCCGCCUCGCCGCAAUCCUCAGUAUUUACCAGGGUGGUGCGUGGAAGGUCAGGGUUGAACUUACAGAAGCUUACCCUUACAAAUCGAUAUAUCAGAACUAGUUUACUAGUCUUGACUUUGAGGAUUUUUACUAACUGAAGCAUCACAUUUUUGCUGUUGUCCUGCUGUUGCUGCAGACCUUGUGAAUAUCUUUGAGGUGUUCCUGCCUCAGCUUCUCCUGUACCCUAACCCCUCGGACCUGUGACUCCUACAUGCUCCUUUUCUGGCAUGCCAUGAGGUCCAGGCCCCUGGUAUUUCUUUUUUGCCAUGCACGCGCCGGCAUGUCUGCCUGCCUGCCCGUGCCAUCCCACGCCAUUGCUGCAGCACCACUGCUCUGUUCUACCAACAUUAAUAAUAAGUGUGUCUAAGUGUGUCCUGUUGAACCUGACAGUAGCUACCACUGUCAGUGCACCUGUGCUUGCCAUUUUGUGUGUUACUCAUUUGUCCCAUAAGUUUGCAUUACUCUGCAUAGAGCUUGCUUCAAAACAUUGCAUUGUCCGAGUGAGUUUGGGGUUUACAGUAUUCAUAUUGUCUGAUGUUGAGUUUGUGUCACUCUGCAUGCCCAUACUAUUAGCUUUCGUUCAUCAUUGCUGGUGCUGGUAAUCACUAGUGUCUGAGUAAGUGUGGAGUUCACAGUAUUAAUAUCGUGUGAUGAUGAGUUUGUGUCACUCUGCAUGCAUGCCGAGUUCUCCAUAAGCAUUGCUUUGCUACUCUGCUUCCGUUCCUCGCUGCUGCUGCUGGUAAUCACUCUGGCAGUACAAGCCUUUUAGGUGAUACAUUGUCAACAAAACAUGCUAAGCUUGCCUAUUCGAUACACAUGCCUAGGCACAAUCGUUAGGACCGGGCUCCGCGCGGCAAGGCGCGCUGCAAGUCUAGUACAACAUGAGGUCUAGUACAACAUGACAGUCAUGAAGUUGCAUUAUUUAGCCACUGGUAGGGUAGGAUAUACCCAAAUAUGGUCAGUAUAGGAACCAGGGUCCCCUAAUUGCUAGCAAAACUUGUGUAAUGAGCUCUUGUUACCUUCUACUAAUGUUUAGUCUUGUUUUUUUAGUACUUCUGUGUUGGUAUCCGGAAAUAAAAUUCAUAUGUUUAUAUAUAUAUAUGUUCUUUUAGAUAAGUAUGUCAAUACAUAACUAGUAAUGUAAAUGGUGUGACGCAGUUCUAAAUAAAAAUGCAAAUAGCUUGUGAAUGUCAAUCUCAUGUGAGUCAGUCAAUGAACUUACUAUAUUAGUCUCUUAGACCAAUACAUGCUUUUCUAUAACUUUAGAUAUUUUCCAGAAUAGUUUGCUUGGUCCUUCGUAUCUAAAGCUUGCAUGUACUGUAGAAGCUCUACUUUAUGCUAAUACUUGCUUGUGUAACAUUUUUCAUGGCAUACUUCUAAAUGGACAAGUAUAUGCGACGUCCAGCGUCAACGAUGAUGCGGACCAUAUGUUCAACUGCAGUCCCAUCCAUUGCAUCGACACAAAGAUGUUUUGCAUCAGCCUGUCAUUGCUAAGGGAGAAGCAGGACUUGGAGAAGAAAUCUUUCCAUUAAGCAGAUUACAUGUUUGGUUGCUGUGAAGUACCAGAUAGGCUAGUUCUAUUUUUUUUCACGAUCCUGGAGUAUUUCAGCAGCGCCAUGCAAAUGCAGUAGCGUUAGGUUUCUGAUUCACCUUUUGUAAAAACUUAGUUAGCCCGCAUUCAGACAUUAGUAGCUCAGCCAGCCAGCCACAAAUAGUAUUGCUGGAUGAAUGGUUGUAAUAUAAUAAUAUUGCAUGUUGCCCAAGAUAGCUUGUGGUGUGAUGUGUUGUAAUGUCAAUGGCAUAGUAUUUUUUUUGGAUUGGAUCAAUUUUUUCGGAACUGGGCUAGGCCCAAGUUAUAUUGGACAAUUAUUUUUGAGGGAAAAACAUGAGAGGCCCAGCAAAGAAAUGGCCUAGAAAAAUACAUGAUCAAAAA